CAAAGGAAAUCUAGAAAUUUAACCGUUACGACUCGACCGGAAUUUAAAUACCGUAUUAUCAUUACUAUUAUCAUUAUUAUUAUUACUAUUGUUGUUGUUGUUGUUGUUGUUAUCGUUGUUGUUGGAUGAUGGUGGUGGUGUAUAUAGCGUAAUACGGAGAAGGCAUUGUACCGAGUAAAUAAGUGUACAAGGGAAGGAAUAGAAUAAACGUAGGAGAGAUUUUCAUGAAGCUUGUGGAGUGGGGAGAGAGUACAACGGAAGGAAUAGCGCGCGCUUUUCGUUCUCAUUCUCGUCCUCGUCGUUUCGCAAAGUGGUUGGUACUUACAUCGUCGACUGCGAAGAAUAAAAAAAGAAUUAAAGGAGAGAGAAAGAGACAGAGAGAAAGAAAGAGAGAGAGAGAUCGUUCAUUCGUUUCUUUUUAAAAUCGAUGCCAGAGAAGUGAAAAAAGUAAAAGACGAAGAGACGAGGAAGAAGAAGGGGAGAAAAAGAAAAAGAAGGAAACAAAAAAGAAAAGGAGGAGGCAAGAAUUUCAAGAAGACGGGGAGUCGAGGUGAUUUUUUCGGAAGCGAAGAACCCCGGCAAAGCUCGGAUUCGUUCGGUUAAAAAGUACGUGUGUUGUUUGUGGUCCGUGUAUGUGCCCUCUGUGAUAUUCGUGCGCGUGUGACAGAAGAAAAGAAAAACAAAAGAGAAAGAGAGAGUUAGUGGUAUCGUGUGAAAGGAGAAAAAGAUAUAAGAAGAUAUAAAUCGUGAUAUAUACUACGUAUGUACGUCGUCCUCGUCGUAACCGGCACGACGUUCGGCGUGUAGUGAUUUAGAUGGUCGUUGCAUCGUCGUUGUGUUAGUAGUGAAACGCAAAGUAGUGGUGUACGCGGCGGUCCGUGCGUCGAAGGAACGAAAUACUGGAUCGAGAGGAAAGAGCUGGAGGAGGGAGCGGUGGAGGGGGAGGAGGGGGAGGAGGAGGAGGAGGAGAAGAGGAGUGCGAGGAACGCCGGAGUUGCUCGCGACCGUCGAGAUCUGGAUUACGCGGGCAACUCGAGGAUCGCCAAGAUUUUGCCGGUUCAUAAAAAAGGAGGACGAACGGACAGAGAUGGCAUGAGGGAGGGUUCCGGCAACGUUGCCGAGGUGUUACCAGUGGGCGGGGGUGGUGCUGUGCUGGUGCUCAGCGAGCUUGAAAGCAUGGCGGCCAGGCAACAGCGGGAAAUCGCUCAGCAGAGGCGCCUCCUAGAGCAAAAGGAGGCCCGUCUAGCCGUGCUUCGAGGCGCACAGGAGCCAGCACAGCAGGACAAACUCGCUAGAUUGAGACACAGACUGGACCAGCAACAGAGCAAACUGAAUCGUCUGCGGUUACUCAGAUCUCAGACCGACCAGUCGCGAGCCAACAACGCAACGCUGACCUCGGAUCUGGACUGCAUAAGAGCGCUGUUCAAUGAAAAGGAAAAGGAGCUCUCCCUGGCGGUGGCGAAGGUCGAAGAGCUGACGCGACAAUUGGAGGAGUUACGGGGUCGUCAGAACGGCGGUGGCACCGGAACGGGCGUCGGUGGUGGCGGUGGCGUCGCCGGUACCGGAGCCGGUGGUAUCGCCGCGGGACACUUGCCGACGCCAGCCAGUGCUGAGCUCGAAAAACUCAGAAGGGAACUUAUGUAUCGCAACAAGAUGAACGAGCAACAAAAUCAAGUAGUCUCUCAGCAGAGAUUAGCACUGGCUCAGAGACAAGCAGAAAUGGCGUCUAUAGACGCGAGGAUAGCGCAACUUCAGGGUCGUUUACAACGGAAAAGAGCAUUGAAUCAACGUCUUAGCCAACAACUUGGUUCGACGAAUCGAACGAACGCUACGACGAACACCGGUUUCCCAGAAUCCAAGCUCGAUUUUAAUGCCGGCGGUAAAGCGAGACCCACCGGAAACAUCGCCGCCAUCGAACCCUAUUCGCACAUACCGAACGACAACGACUUUAAUCUGAACAAAAAUGAUCCGAAGUAUCAGACGCUACCUUACAACACUAAAUUCACCGUGAACUUCAAGGCCGUCGAGGACGACGUCAACAAAAACAAAAUACAGCACAGCGCGAGCGCCUCCCAACUCGGACAGAGGACGGCCUUUCAACAAUUCGGUCAUCAAAUCGCCCAUAGCCAGUCGCAAUCGCACAUACAAGGUCAAUCGCAACCCCUUGGAUCGAAUCAACAGCAACAACAGCAACACAAUCAAAAUCUUGGUAACCAGACUGCCAAUUUGCAGGGAAACUGCAACAACAAUAACAACAUGAACAGCAGUAACAACAACAAUAACAACAACAACAACAAUAACAACAACAAUAAUAAUAGCAAUAACAAUCUCAUCGCAUCGACCCAUAAUAAUUUCACUCAGGAAAAUUUGUCACAGAACUUUAGGAUUCAUGCCCAUCCCCAGCAAUCACAAUUGCAACAACAACAGGCACAACAUGGUAAUUCUCAAACGAAGCAGUACAAUUCAACGAGUUCCUCGGCCUCCAGUAUCGGCUCAGCGCCGUCCAUCACACAAACCCAUAAUCAUCGAAAUCUACAGACUCAUCAAAAGCCGGUGUCGAGCGUGGCACCAAGUUUUCCUGUUAAAUCUUUAAUAUAUCAAACGUCCUCGACUAAGAUCAAUCCUGUGAUGCCACAGACGCUUAGCCUCAUAGGACGAGCUCACUCGACAACCCAGAACUUUGUGGGUUUAAGCGGGUCAACCAACAACAAUCAGCAACAGGCGAAUCAAACGGCACAAGGAAACGUCGGUUCCACUCAAGAAUCUAAUUACGCGUUGAGGCACAAUUAUGGAAGUAAUCAACAACAACAACAACAGCAGCAGCAGCAACAACAACAACAACAACAACAACAACACAACACCGGUCAAACAAACGUUGCUCACGUAUCUUCGUCAACGAUCUAUCAAGCCCAAAAUUCACCGAAUCUCGUGGCGAGCGUUCACGCCACUCCUAGUGGAGCAACUCUAACUAAUAAUGCGAAUAUUCAACGAUACAAUCAAAAUCAAAACGAAUCUCAAAACGAUAAUAAAAACAAAUUCGAACCUACGAAAGUACAGGAUAAAUUCGAACACGUCUUGCCAUCAAAACACGAGCAGCAGCAGCAGCAACAACAACAACAGCCGCAACAACAACAACAACAACAGCAGCAGCAGCAGCAGCAGCAACAGCAGCAGCAGCAACAACAGCAACAACAACAAAUCAGAUACGAAGGGAAUCUCUUUAAAUACGAUAGUCAACAACAAAUGAAAUAUGAUCAACAAGUAAGUCAGCCAUCAAAGAUGUACGACCAAACUGGUGGUAAACACGAUCAGACGAGCAACGUACAAUCUUCGGUGAAGUAUGAUCAGAAACACGAUAAUGGACAAUCGAAACACGAGCAACAUCACAAUGCAAAAUACGAUUCCGGUCAAUCCUCGCAGCAAUACAAGCACGACCAGCACGAAAGUCGAACGUCGGUCAAAUACGAGCAACACGGUAAUCCGUCUUUCAAGCACGAGGUAACGAGCAAUCCUCAACAAUUUAAGCAAGAACAGAGUCAGAAAUACGAGUCAGGACAAAAUAAGUUCGAAUCGGCAUCUUCGAAAUACGAACAGAGCACGACGAUGAAACACGAUCAUAACGUCAAGUUCGAACCACCAGGCAAGUUAUCAGAAAAGCCAUUCGAGUUUGAAAGGUUAAAGAAUGAGAAUGAGAGAAAGAAUUUGAACGAAAUGAGAGCGGAAGACAAGAUUAAACCUGCGCUACCUCCAAAACCGAGCAAACCCAAUCCACCACCUAGGCUGACUCAUCACGAAAAAAUCGAUGUAACUUCGGACGUACUCAACGAUUGUAAGACCGCCGUUGUUGUUACUGUCGGUGCAAGAAACGACAAAGAGGAGGAUAUACCACCUAUUCCUACAUCGGAACCACCGGAAUCACCAACGGACUCUCAGCUUAGUAAUCAUCAAAUUAUUAAAGCACGUCCGUUGACGUUGAAGAAGGCACCGAUUUCUGAACAGCCAAAACUGCGAUAUGCAAAAUCGAACGUUCACGUGUCGAUAAAUCGACGUAUUGAAAUGCCCCCGGCUUUUCUUUUUCCGGAAACUGAAAUACCAGCGGACCUCAUGCAACCUGAACAGCAGCAGCAGCAGCAGCAACAACAACAACAACAACAACAACAACAACAACAACAACAGCAACAACAGCAACAACAGCAGCAGCAGCAACAACAGCAGCAGCAGCAGCAGCAACAACAACAGCAAUCUCAGCAAAUAAUUGACACGACGGACAGUAAUUGUAAGAAAAAUAAUGCUAUCAUCGGUGAGGACGUAAUUGGAAAUGAAAAAUUAGAAGAGUCCGAUAUUAUCGAUGCAUUGAACAUCAUCAACAUCGAGGAUAAACCGAAAUUAAAAAGCGACACGGAACGUAGAUUAGAAUUAGACAUAGACGGUAAGACGUCCGAAGUGAUGAGAAGAAAAAAAGGUAAUCUGAAGUCUAGUACAGGGAAAGCGAAUCUAUCGAGAAGAGUUUCCUUCGAUCCACUUGCAUUACUUUUGGACGCUAGCCUAGAAGGUGAGCUCGAACUCGUGAAGAAAACCGCCAAAGAGGUCGCCAAUCCAAGCUCGGCCAAUGACGAGGGCAUAACCGCACUUCACAAUGCCAUAUGCGCGGGUCAUCUUGAGAUCGUCAAAUUUCUCGUCGAAUUUGGUUGCGAUGUUAAUGCCCAAGAUAGCGACGGAUGGACACCGCUUCACUGUGCCGCGAGUUGCAACAAUCUCUCUAUGGUGAGAUUUUUAGUUGAACACGGUGCGUGUAUUUUUGCAACAACACUUUCGGAUCACGAAACGGCCGCAGAAAAAUGCGAGGAGGAUGAGGAAGGCUUUGACGGAUGUUCAGAGUAUUUAUACAGUGUACAAGAGAAACUAGGGAUUAUGAAUAACGGUCAAGUAUAUGCGGUCUUUGAUUACGAGGCGCAACAUAGUGAUGAACUUUCUUUAAAAAAUGGUGACUCUUUGGUCGUGCUUCGUAAGGGUGACGAUAACGAAAGAGAAUGGUGGUGGAGCAAACUUGGACACAAGGAGGGCUAUGUACCUCGAAACUUACUGGGUCUGUAUCCUAGAGUACAACCAACGAAAACGGACUGAGGCACGUCAUGCCGCAUCAUUCGUAAUAUCCGCUAAUAAUUCAUUAUCACAGUAUUCGAUCUGCAGCUUUAUCUUAUUAAGUAUCGUAGUCCAUUGUCACACAUUACCAAUGUCGUUUUAUUUAAUUGCGUGUUAUCUCGUCCGAAAGAAAAAGGAAUACAAAAUUCUGUAUAAUUUUUCUAUAUUUUUUAAGGGAAAAAAAAAAUAACACACACUUAUACACACACACACACACACACACACACACACACACACACACAAGCGUGUAAAAUAUGCGCCACAGCGCGCGCUCGUGGGAUUAACGUGUAAGUUAUUUUUAUUGACAAAUCUCUCGACGUUUACAUAUGAAAGUGUAAAAUGGUGUUACAAUACGUUAUGUAACAAGAGAGACAUGGAGAGAGAUCGUAUCUUCUAUAUUUUAUGAGAAAGGAAAAAAGAAAAAGAAAAGAAAAGGAAAUAUUGUAAAGCAUACAGUAUUUGGUGGCAACGGGUGUAUAUGUGUUAUGCACUCGUUUAAAUACACUCGUCUCGUAUUUUGUUUUCUCGAUUGCAUUUUUUUUUCUUUCUUUCUUUUUUUAUUAUUAUACGUGACUAAUAUUUAAAAGAAAAA